CACGCAUUUUUUGACAACCUUGUACGAUUACGUACGAAGUGUCAAGGAAACGACACAUCUUGUCCCAAGCGGUUCCGAUCGAACCAAGCAAAAGCAUCUACCAACAGCAUCCCUCUGCACCAAACCAAGGAAGUCGGCUUCAUCCAAAGGAGGCAAUGAGAGUGGACUGCUGGAAGGCGCUCUCUUUCGCUCUGGUGAAACCGAACCGAACGAGGACCCACCACCCGCCGUUCCUCCGGCUCCCAAGAGCAAGAGCAGCAGCAAGAGCGAUGCCGGACACGGGAUCGAGGGCCACCGCAGCAUCGGUGGCAUCUGCAUCAUCGGCAACGGCAACCUCCCUGGGUGCGUCGCGAUAUUCCUCGUCGUCGUCGUCGACGACGACGUCGCCCGAUGCCUUUGCGGAGCUCGAGCACAAGAACUGGCAGCGGGGCGUCGAUGCCUACGCGGAAGGAUUCGGCCCGCUCACCGCCCAGGCCGUCCCGACCCUUUUGAAAAAGGCCGGCUUUCUGGAGGGGGAGGCGACGGACGCGCAAGCAACAGCGACAGCGAAGGCAAGCCUGCUCGACGUGGCCUGCGGGCCGGGGCAGGUGCUGUCGGCCGCCAUUUCCAAGGCCAAGAUGCUGGCCGGGGAGAACGGGAAGGGGAACAACCUUGCGGAGGUCUCCUUCACGGCACUGGAUUUCUCGUCCAACUUUCUGGAGCUGGCCAGGGACAACCUCGGAUCGGAGCACCCCGGAACGCCCGUUGCCUUUGUCGAGGGCGAUGCCUUGGACAUGGCGAGGGUUUUGGGAUGCGGCGGGCGGGGCCUCCAAGAAGGAACGGAAGAAAAAGCAGCAGCAGCAGCGCCACCACCGCCACUUCCGGAGGAGGGACUCUUCACCUCGGUCGCCAGCAACUUUGGCAUCCUGCACCUGUCCGACCCGGACGCUUUUCUGAGGGAGAGCUAUCGCGUCCUGAAACCGGGGGGGAGGCUGGCCUUUUCCGCCUGGGCCGCCCCCCCACACACCGAGGCCUUUGGCCUGGUCCUCGGUGCCGUCCGGGACGCCGGGAACCCGAGCGUGGAGCUCCCGGAGGGCCCGCCCUUCUUCCGGUUCUCGGACCCCGACGAGUGCCUGCGGUCGCUGGAGCGUGCCGGCUUUGUCGGCGUGGAGACCACGGUGGUCGAAGGGAUGGAGUGGACGAACCUCUCCUCGGCGGGGGAGCUCUACGAUACCAUGCUGGAGGGGACGGCCCGAACGAGGGAGCUCCUCCGGGGCCAGACGGAAGACGAGGCGGCGGCGGUGCGGAAGCUGCUGGAGAAACGCUUCGACGAACUGGUGGGGGACGGGCGGAGGCCCCUGCGCAUGCCGGCGGUGGUGUCGUCGGGGCAAAAGCCGGUGGACGGAUGACGAAGGGUGCCGGUCGCAAGCUUCCGGGGCCGGGCGUGGCCAGAGCGAAAGCGAGCGAGCGAGCAAGCAAGAACACCGCUAGCAACAACGCAACGCAACAAGCAGCGGCUCUGGCAUGGAUCCACGGAAUCAGGGGCCGACCCAAAGGAUGGUGCAGCCGAAUCUACUAGCGAAGACGAAUGAUGGCACAUGGAACGCACGACCGUAGGGCAGGAUGAGGAAAGCGAAUUAAAGAAAUUAACCAUAG